GGAAAAUAUUGCCCACAGCAGACUGCUUGGCAUUAAAGACGGCUGGCGGUAGGAGCUGCGGUAUCCCGUUUCCAGAAUCUACUGUUCAGUUUUCUUGCCAACACCAAAUUUGGAUCAACAGAUCAACGUGGUGAAGAAACAAGAAGAAAAAUCUGAAUCUUUGCUUAAAUGUUGGAGGAUUGAUCUUGAACCUUGUUCUGCCAGUCCUCCUGCUAGUUGUGAGGCUCUUUGGCAUCUCAAAGAAGAAAAACUCGAAGUGAAGGUUAACACACUUGGAGCCCUUAUUUGAACACCAGUCUUGUAGUCUUGAAGGAGCAUAAAACCAAGCAUUUCUCGGAUACGUCUGUAUGACAACAUGGCGAAGAAAAACCAAAAGGAUACUUCUGGGGUGGUGUUUGACACUCGCUCAAAAAUGGUCAUGUCCCAGGGAGGAACGGCUGAGAGGAUGAAGGAGAAGAUCAGUGCUGUCAGGGCAGUUGUCCCCAACAAAAGCAACAAUGAGAUUGUGCUGGUGUUGCAGCAUUUUGAGAACUGUGUUGACAAGGCCGUUCAAGCUUUCCUAGAAGGCAGUGCGGUUGAGAUCCUGAAGGAGUGGAAUGUCACAGGCAAAAAGAAGCCCAAGAAGAAAAAGAAGCCCAAGCCUCAGCCAGAGGCCUCAGCAGAGCCUGCUCCCCCUGAGGCCACAUUGCAUGAGGAGGGCAAAGAUGAGAUGAACGGCUUUCAUGCCAACGGAUCUGUAAUGGAUGGAGAGUCACUUGAUUCUCUGAGUGAACAGUUGGACUCUGCCUCCCUGGAUGCAGCUGAGCUGGACUCUGAACCCGCUACAUCCGAAACCACCGGUGCAGAAGCAGAAAGUCAAGGUAGCGCUCCAAGUCCCGCCUCUCAACAAGAGGGCAGGAAUCACCAGGGUCCCAGAGGCAACAAGAUCCGACGCAGGCCAGGCUCAAAUUCACAUCCCCCCACUUCCUCAUUAGCACCCACCACUGAUGAGCAAGGAUCACCAGCAGUCAAGAAAAUCGCUUCCAACAUAGACCGCUCUGUGAAAGACCUGCAGAGAUGCACUGCCUCGCUGACUCGAUACAGGAUGGUGGUCAAGGAGGAGAUGGACUCUUCAAUCAAGAGGAUGAAGCAGACGUUUGCUGAGCUCCAGAGCUGUUUAAUGGACAGAGAAGUGACUCUACUGGCAGAAAUGGAUAAAGUGAAAGCAGACUCCAUGAUGAUUUUGGACGCUCGACAGAAGAGAGCCGAGGAGCUCAGACGGCUGACAGAUCAGUCGGCGUCCAUGUCUGAGGAGCAGUUGACUGAACUGCGUGCAGACAUCAAGCACUUUGUGAGUGAACGUAAAUACGACGAGGACCUUGGGAAAGCAGUAAGAUUCACAUUUGAUCUUGAACCGCUGAAGACGAGCAUCUUGGGGUUUGGAUCAGUUUACCAUCCACGUACAGGCUACUCAAAUCGGUCCCGUUGUAGUUCCACGUCCUCCUCUGUCGCCAGCCCAAGCCUGCUGGAAACUCCUCCUCCUCCUGCCCAGACCCAAAGCACCCCCAGUGAAACCCGCCCCCCACCAACCAAACAGAUUUUCCAAGGUAACAGGCGUACUUUCCAGGGACAGGGUUUUCACUCGGGUGGUCAGCGGUAUAACGGCGGCUCCUACCACGACAGGAACGCUGGGCGUGCUAACCACCGCUACCAGAGUGAUGGCGGUCACACUUCGCAGCACUCCAACAACUUGAGAGGUCCCUCCCAUUCCUCCUCGUCAUCCUACAACCAAGACCGACCCUCUCACAACGGGCUGCCCCAAAGGCCUCCGCGGACACACUGUCCUUGACAUUGGAAAUCUUCACCUUAAUCAAACCUGUCUACUAACCCUUGCACUCUCCCCCCCUGUACCCACCCCAUACCCCACACACUCUCCCACCCUACUAACUCCUUCCAAUGAAGAAUAGAAUACAAGUUUACAUAUUUCCAUCAGUUGAGCUGUAGUGCCACCUCUCUACGUCGAUCCAUUCAUCCUUCAAACUUGAAAAGCUCUCUCUGUUCUCUCAUUGCUCUUCCUUUUUGCAUUUCUCCCAUCCUGGUUAAGGUAACGGCUUCUAUCUUUAGCCCCCCCUUUGAGAGAUCUCAUUGCUAUGCUACUGUCAGGAUCUGUUGUUAAUUUCUGCAGUUAAGUGGUCUGCCAGAAACUGACAGGAUUAUCUGCAACACUUUGUGCACUAUUGAAGUUGAACUCUUAGUACUAUUUCUAUUUUUGCUGUGGCUUAUGUCAGCUCUCUGAUUUGCACCUCAGAUCUUUUAUUUUUCUUGUCUCCUAGAACCAUUUCAAUGCCUUCACCGUGGAAAGCGUAGUGAAAGUGCACAACUAGUUCUAGCAUGAACCGGGAUUUUUUUUUUGUCAUCAGGAGAAUAGACAUGCAAUCAACACUACAGACUAUCGUUAAUCUUUGCAAGGUUUAAAAAAAAAAAAAAAAAAAAAACAUGAAACAUAUCAAACUAUAAUCCAGAGCUUUUCG